AUGGAGAACCAGACAAUGGUGACUGAGUUCAUUUUCUCAAGUUUCACCAGUGACCCACAGCUGGAGAUCUUCUUCUUUUUCUUGCUUUUACUCGUCUACCUCUUGACCCUGAUGGGAAACAUCAUCAUCUUCACCAUCACCCUCCUGGACCAUCGUCUCCACACACCUAUGUACUUCUUUCUCCGGAAUUAUUCCUUCUUGGAUAUAGUUUUCACCCUUGACUUCAUCCCCAAGAUGCUUAUCAACCUCCUAGUCAAAAAGAAAACCAUAUCUUUCCAUAGCUGUUUCAUUCAGGUGUUUUUCUUUUUCCUCCCAGGCGUUUCAGAGUUCUACCUUCUUGCUGUGAUGUCUUUGGAUCGAUAUGUGGCUGUUUGUAUCCCCUUACGAUAUACAACCAUUAUGAACAGCAGUGUGUGUUGGCAGUUGGUUCUGGGCUCCUGGCUCCUUAGUUUCUUGUUAACGUUGCCAGGCACCAUUAUGACUUCCCAGUUAGUCUUCUGUGGACCCAAUAUCAUAAACCAUUUCCUCUGUGACUUCAACCCACUCCUCCAGCUCUCCUGCUCUGAUACACAGUCCAUGCAACUAUUUAUCCUGGGAUCAGCCAUUAUUAAUUUGCUGGGAACACUAGCAGUCAGCAUCAUCUGUUACGGAUACAUCAUCUGGACUGUUAUGAGCAUCCCCUCGACCACAGGGAGGAAAAAAGCCUUCUCCACCUGUUCUGCUCACCUUAUGGUUGUUACCAUCUUAUAUGGCAGCUGCAUUUUCACCUAUGUGAGCUGGCAGUGUGAUGGCAGUGUUCAGAGUGUUUCCCAUCAUGGUCAAGAGGAAGAUGAAAGAGUGCAGCAGGAAGAGGAAUACCAGCAACUGUGUAUUCUCAGUGAAGCCCAGGAAUAUGAACUCGGUCACAUUAAUCCAGUUCUCCAUGCAUGGCUUAUCUUUGAGCAAUACAAAAACAGUGACUGGCACAAUGAGGAUAAUGUAGAGUCUCCCAUCAUGCAAACUUCAGGGUAG